AUGCCCAACCCAAAAAAGCAUAAGGUAGUCAACGAGGAUGACGACGACACGGACGGUUCGUUCGAGGAGAAACCGUUCGCGAAGAGAAAAAAGUCGCAGGGACAACGGUCCGGGAACGCGGAGAACAGUCCGGCACCGGCCCAAAACGGUGAAGUUCAGCUACCCAUCAUAGAAUUCACCACCGAACCGACCUUGGAUGAUAUAAUCCAUCAGGACGCCACGUUCCCUUCCUACGAAGCUUUCGAGAAGCUUUUCGGCAAGUGGAAGGAGAAGUAUCUUCAUCCGUUCCGUGUCGCUUCUUCCGAAUCCCUUCGCACCCAGGAGGGAGUUAUCAGCGAACAGUUCAGAUACCGCUAUGUCGUCUUCCACUGUGUUCGUUACGGAGUUCCCCGAAUGAGAGGUUAGUUCUCACUGAUUUUUUGCUUUCGUUUUCAAAAUGCAUGCCCUGUUAGUAGCGCCCAUCUGUUCCCUGAUUUUGUCUUGCAUCCUAGUUAAAAAUUCCUCUGUCGGGAGCUGUGAUCGGACAGCUGUUGCACGCCUCUCCCCGAUCACUCAAUUAUAUUUAUACGCGACCAAUCUGUAUCCACCUGUCUGUCAGGACCCUGUACCGGAAUGUCCUUGGGCCAGAUUUAACAGCUGUUUCCAAUGUGUUGUUGCAUAAUUCACAUAUCAUCGUGUUUUAGGAGAAGGAAAACGCCCGAAUCAGAACUACCUUCCGUGCCACUGUACUGCGAUGAUCCGCCUAAACUUCAGCUACCAUGACCAGUGCCUUAAAGUGUCUUCUCUGGAGACGCGUCACUCGAACCAUCAAAUCGAUCGGGAGCUCUACGACAAAAUGGUCGCGAAGGAAAAGGCGAAAGCCAGAAAGAUGUUGGAGCCAAAGCGCAAGAGCGCCAAGUUCGGGCCAGUUUGUGAGAAGAACGUCUCGGUGAUGAAGGAGAAAUCGGAGGAGAGAACCGAGGAUGAAACUAUGAUGUCGAAGAUGAAUUGCUCCAUCAAAAAGGAGAUCGACCACGGCUACGACACUCCGUUGAACGCCACCGUCAUUGCGGAUUAUCAAGUGGAUGUGCAGUCGACUGAGACUCCGCCUUCCGAAGAGGUGCAGCCGGCUUCACCCAAGAUUGCCGUGACUGCCCCAGUUCAGACUCCGCUCCCGUUGGCGCAAGUGCCCCUGAUGCCACAGAUCCCUCAACUGCCGCAAAUGUCGCAGUUGUCUCAGCUGCCGUAUCCAGGAUUUUCUCAAAUGACCGGCUUCAACUCUCAAAUUCCAUUCUCGCAGAGUCUUCAGCUGAUGACUGACUACAGUCAACAACUUCAAAGUCAGAUUGUGAGUCCCUGUUUCCUCGUGCCACGGUUUUGAUUGUUUUGCAUUUCAGGUGAUGAGCCAAAUUCACUUCCAAGCUCUGGCUAACCAGGCGUACCAGCCAUUCGCGGCACCAACUUGGGCGCCUUCGCAGAUCGGAAUGGGAAUCCAGGCGCCGACGCUGCCGACAGCCGUCCCUUCGAAGCCUCAGGAACUAGCCCCCAUCUCACCGUCUGUCGAUGAGAACGACGCACCAAUCAUCAUUUCUCUGGACGCCAUCCGUCCGGUCCCACUGCGUCCGUCCGAGAACAGCGCGUUCACCAAGGUUCUGGGUUCUCAACCACAGCAGGGGUCUGCCACCGAGCAAAUCGGAAGCCUUCUCAACUCGGCGUCCAAGGUCCUCGGUCCGAACCCGGCGCCUGAAGUCGUUCAGGAGUACUUGAAGCAGUUCAUCUCGAUGUUCGCUACGAAGCAGGACACCACCCUUACAUACACUUCCUAA